GGGAGGGGAGGGAGGAAGAAGGGGAGUGAGAAUGUUGGAGGGUAAGGCAAUGAUCCAGGACACAGACAUGCCUGUGAAGAUGCAGCUCCAAGCCAUGUCCUCUGCCUCUCAGGCUCUUGACCUCUUUGAUGUCCUAGACUGCAACAACCUGGCUUGCUACAUCAAGAAGGAGUUUGAUCUAAGGUAUGGGUUUGGAUGGCAAUGUGUGGUUGGCUCCAACUUUGGGUGCUGCUUCACUCACACAAAGGGCACCUUCAUUUACUUCUGCUUGGAGACACUCCACUUCCUCAUCUUCAAAUGUUCUGCUGCUUGAGCCACCUAUCAAAGAGUCAAAAUAGUUGGAAUCCAAUUGGGAUAAAAAAUGGAGAUAUCUGU